AUGGAUAACGUUAAAGAACUGCUAACACAUCGUAGAGCGACUGCAGACGACUGCAAUGUAUUGGUUACACUGAUAAAUGAUGCUUAUUCUGGUCAAAUGUCACAUCAAGGCUGGACGAAUGAGUAUGCAUUGAAUCCUACGCCACGAACAAACUCCGAUUUGUUAUUGAAUUUGAUAAACAAUGUGAAUAACAUCUUUCUGAUGUUUUUCGGUGCAGAUGAUCAAAUUCUCAAAGGAUGUGUUCUACUAUCGCAUAAAUCGGAAUGUAAAACUGCUCGAAUAAGUUUGCUUUCUGUACGUCCAGAUCUACAGGCGAGAGGCUUUGGAAAUUCAAUUUUAUCCACUGCUGAAAAGCCUGAAUUGAUAUCGUACUAUUCUCGUAGAGGUUUUAUCGCCACGGGUGCGCGUCAACGCUUUGUUCCAACACUAUCGUCUUCAGGAUGUGCAGUACGAGAUGAUCUGGAACUUUGUACAAUGCGGAAGAAGCAAGGAAAUGGCGCUUAUCUCAUGGGACAAAAUGAGAAAUCAACAGACAUAUUCAUUAUCAAUGUCAGUGCUCUUCUACCUGAAGAAGAAUGUCCAAUUCAAAUAUUAUACAUUACUAAACUGCCACGUUUACGUGGAAACAAAAUACGUCUGGUUGUGCCAAUAACAAUUACAUUCCGAUACAAAUCAACUGAAAAUGCUAUUGCAAGUCCAGUAGGUACACAACCGACGUAUGUUCAAUCCCCUCCGUAUACUGUCAAAUCGACAAGAUGA